AUGGAUAAUCACAAAUUGAGAGUGAAUUCCUGUACUUCUUGUAACCUGUACUUCUUGUUUCCCAUGACGAGAGUGAAUUCCAUAGUCACGGCACCAGAUAUGGCUGUGUUUUUCAUGGCGGCUAACGCACGGACCAAGCAGGUAAAGGGUGGAAACGUGAGGAUAUCACUGCAGUCUGGUCAGGUUGGCGAUUCAAGGUUAAAUUUGGAGGGUGUCGAGGGGUUUCCGGCACCAGAGUUCAAGUAUAGAGUAGCGGUGAGUAGGUCAAAGAAGCCCAUGUUGGAUACAAUCCCAGAAGAGCCUCUUUGUUUGAGUAGAAAAUCUAUGUACCAUGAAUUUUUAUUUCGAAACUCACCUCAAAAGUAA